GUACCAAAUGCGCGCCGGAUAAGUUGUGUUUUAGUUUUACUCCAGAAAUUUUGUUAAUUAAUAGAUGAGAUGGAUUAUUUAACAUGGAUCCUCGUAGCCGUGCUAAUCUACAUCUUCUACAUAUAUUCUACAUGGAACUAUGGUAGAUUCGAUGGAACAAAAGUACCUUAUCAAAAACCUGUGCCAUUUUUUGGAAAUUCUGGAAAGUUCCUAUUUGGAAUGGAAACCAUUGUCACAAGCUUCUCGAAACUUUACGACGUCUUUCCAAAUAAUAGAUUUUACGGUGUUUUCCAAAUGCGUACUCCUGCAAUUGUUAUAAGAGAUCCAGAGUUAAUUAGACAAGUUGGUGUAAAAGAUUUUGAUCACUUCAUGAAUCACAGACAAUUUGUUAAAGAAGAUUUGGAUCCAAUGUUUAGUAAUAUUAUGUUCAACCUUCAAGAUCAGAAAUGGCGCAACAUGAGAGCAACCCUUAGUCCAGCUUUUACUGGAAGCAAAAUGAGAAAUAUGUUUGUGCUAAUAUCUGAAUGCACUCAACAGAUGGGUGAAUUUAUGAAGAAAAAAAUCAAUGAGAAAGGACCACAGUCUUUGGAGCUGAAAGAAUUCUAUACAAGAGCUGCCACUGACAUCAUUGCAUCGACAGCAUUUGGGCUAAAAGUUGAUAGUUUGAAGGAUGAACAGAAUAUUUUCUACAGGAUGGGUCAGAAACUGACUGGUGAAAAUUUCAAAGCUAUCAUUAAGAUAUUUGCUUAUUUGUUGAUACCCAGAGUUAUGAAGUUUUUCAAGAUAAGUUUCAUCGACUAUGAAUGCGGCAACUUCUUCCGCAAAUUAGUAGGCAAUACCAUGGAUCUUCGAGAAAAAGAGAAUAUUCAUAGACCAGACAUGAUCCAAUUACUCAUGCAAGCAAAAAAAGGAUCAUUGGUGUCAACAAAUGAAGACAACGACGAUACAUCUAAUGCUGGUUUUGCAACUGCCACAGAAUCCGCCACAAAAAUAGAAACAAUCAAGACAGUUUGGACUCAUGAUGAGUUGACUGCCCAAGCUUUGAUGUUCUUCCUAGCUGGUUUUGAUACUACUUCCACGGUUUUGUGCUUUUUAACACACGAAUUGGCGACACAUCCAGAAAUCCAGGAACGUCUACAACGAGAGAUUGAUGAUGUUUGUAAUUCCAUUAGUGGAACACCAAAUUACGAAACUGUAGUUCGCAUGAAGUACUUGGAUAUGGUUGUAUCUGAGGGAUUAAGAUUAUGGCCGCCGUUUGUUGCCACCGAACGAGUUUGUACAAAAUCGUACAAUCUUGAGGAUCACGAAGGAAACAAAUUUGAAAUCAAACCAGGAGAGGUGAUCGGAUAUCCAAUUUAUGCUCUACAAAGAGAUGAGAAACAUUUUGAAAAUCCAAAUCAUUUUGAUCCUGAACGAUUUAGUGAAGAAAAUAAACACAAGAUCCAACCAUUUACUUAUAUGCCAUUCGGGGUUGGACCAAGGAAUUGUAUAGCUUCUAGAUUUGCUCUAAUGUCCGUAAAAAUGAUCAUUUUCGAACUUCUUCGUAAUUUCGAUAUUGUUCCAUGUGAGAAAACCCAAAUACCACUAAAACUGACUAAAGGAACAUUCAACAUGAAAGUCGAAAAGGGAUUCUGGAUGGAAUUUAUAACAUGGCUACUCGUAGCUGUGCUGGUCUACGCUUUUUACAAAUAUUCCACCUGGACAUAUGACAGAUUUGAAGGAACGAAAGUGCCUUACAAGAAGCCUUUUCCAUUUUUUGGAAACACCGGACCGUUUAUGCUGCGCAUGGAGAACAUGAUUGACAAUGUUGGAAAAGUGUAUAGAAGUUUCCCAAAUAAAAGAUUUUAUGGUGUCUUCCAACUCCGUAUGCCUGCUGUGAUGAUAAAAGACCCAGAAUUGAUCAGACAAAUUGGUGUCAAAGAUUUUGAUAACUUCCCAAAUCACAGACCUUUCAUUACUGAUGAUGUUGAUCCUAUGUUUGGAAACGUUAUGCUGAAUUUCCAAGAUCAGAAAUGGCGUGACAUGAGAGCAACCCUUAGUCCUGCUUUUACUGGAAGUAAAAUGAGAAAUAUGUUCAGGUUGUUGUCGGAAUGCACUGAACAGAUGGCAGAUUUUAUGAAGAAGGAAAUCGAGGCGAAAGGCCCUCAAUCAUUAGAAUUAAAAGACUUUUACACAAGAGCUACAACUGAUGUAAUAGCUUCUACAGCAUUUGGUCUCAAAGUCAAUAGCUUGAAGGAAAAGGACAAUGUGUUCUACAGAAUGGGACUACGAUUUAAUUUUGGUGGUGCCCUUACUGUUAUGAAACUAUUUGCUCACAUUAUGUUUCCCAAAGUUAUGAAGUUUUUCAAAAUAGCUUUAGCGGACGAUGAAAGUUCCAAUUUCUUCAGAUCUUUGGUUGGUGACACUAUUGCUCUUAGGGAGAAGGAAAAUAUCCAUAGACCAGAUAUGAUACAGUUAUUGAUGCAAGCUAAAAAAGGAGCUUUACGCCAUGAAGUUACUAAAAACGAAGAUCAAAAUGAUGAUAAUAUUGACGCAGGAUUUGCUACAGUUGCAGAAUCCCAUGUCACAAAAGGCCAUACAACUAAAAGAGUUUGGACGGACGAUGAGUUAACUGCUCAAGCCAUGAUAUUCUUCCUGGCUGGUUUUGACACGACAUCAACUGUUUUAUGCUUUUUGACCCAUGAAUUGGCACUUCAUCCAGAAAUUCAGCAACGGCUUCAACAAGAAAUUGAUGAUAUUUGUGAUAAACCGAGCUAUGAAACAGUAGUCCAUAUGAAAUACUUGGAUAUGGUCGUAUCUGAAAGUUUAAGACUGUGGCCACCACUCGCUUUGACUGACAGAGUUUGUAUAAAGCCUUAUGAAAUUGAAGAUUAUGAAGGAAAUAAGUUCGAAGUGAGAAAGGGAGAAGUCGUCCUGUAUCCUAUAUACUACUUGCAACGCGAUGAAAAAUAUUAUGAAAAUCCUGAUAAAUUCGAUCCUGAAAGAUUCAAUGAUGAUAAUAAACACAAAAUCAAACCAUUCACAUAUAUGCCUUUUGGUGUAGGACCACGAAACUGCAUAGGUCCACAGUCCUUGGAACUGAAAGAUUUCUACGCACGUGCUACAACCGAUGUCAUUGCUUCAACUGCAUUCGGACUCAAAGUUGAUACUUUGAAGGAUAAAGAAAAUUUGUUUUACAAAAUGGGCAACGAAUUUCAAUUCGGAGGUUUUAUGAUGGUAUUGAAAACUUUUGCAUAUCUAAUGGCUCCAAAAAUCAUGCAGUUUUUCAAAAUAGGUCUCACAAGCGAAUCAAGCGCAAACUUCUUUCGUUCUCUGGUUAGAGAUACAAUGGCUCUUAGAGAUAAAGAAAAUAUUCAUAGGCCAGAUAUGAUACAAUUAUUAAUGCAAGCCAAAAAAGGAGCAUUACAUCAUGAAAUCUCAAAAACUGAGGAAAACAUUGAUAAUACAGCUGACGCAGGUUUUGCUACUGUAGCCGAAUCGCAUGCUACUAAAACGCACACUACAAAAAGAGUUUGGUCUCACGAUGAGUUAACAGCUCAAGCAAUGAUAUUCUUUUUGGCCGGAUUUGAAACGACGUCAACAGUUUUGUGCUUCUUAAGCCAUGAAUUGGCUGUACAUCCAGAGAUCCAGCGGCGUCUUCAACAAGAAAUUGACGAAGUUUGCAAUUCCAUAAAUGAUAAACCGAAUUAUGAAACUGUAGUUGGCAUGAAAUAUUUGGAUAUGGUCGUAUCUGAGAGUCUAAGAUUGUGGCCACCACUUCCUGGUACUGAUAGAAUUUGCGCAAAGCCUUACGAGCUUGAAGAUUAUGAUGGAAAUAAAUUUGAAGUAAAACGAGGAGAAUCCAUAAUGUACCCCAUAUACCUUUUGCAACGUGAUCAAAAAUAUUAUGAAAAUCCUAAUAAAUUUGAUCCUGAAAGAUUCAAUGAUGAUAAUAAACACAAAAUCAAACCAUUCACAUAUAUGCCUUUUGGUGUAGGACCACGGAAUUGUAUAGCAUCCAGAUUCGCAUUAAUGGAGGUGAAAAUGAUAAUAUUCGAACUUCUUCGGCAUUUCGAUAUUGUGCCUUGCGAGAAGACACAAAUACCAAUAAAAAUAAAAAAAUCAACAUUUAACAUGCAUGUUGAAAAGGGAUUCUGGGUUACCUUCAAAAACAGGACUAACAACUAAAAAUGUA